GCGAUACGGUCCUCCUUAACCGCACAAACAAUCGAUUGGCAGGGUCGCGUGCAAUCGAUACUUUGACAGCUCUCAUGUAUUUUAGCUUUGGUUUUUCAAAUAAAAUGGAAUGCAACGCGAAUGCAGCAUGUUUCAAGUAGCUAAAAUGUGGCCAAGGUGUAGUCCAGUGUCGCCGCCAAUCGUAGAUCAACACCGUGUGCGCCUUUAACGAGAGAUAAGCCUCGAAAACGAUAGUAGAAAACCGACCCCCCGUUCGCAGUGUGUGUGUACAGAGGGCGAAGCGAAGCGAAGGCUCGACUCAAACCAAUUGCAAUAUCAAAUAUAAAGAAAAAGUGGAAGUGGAAGGUGGAGUGGAGUGGCCAGGGAGCGAGAGACACCGCCAUCGCCACUUGCAUCGCCGCAUCCGCAAUCGGGUUACACACGACACUCACAUACCACACAGGCCAAACUUUUACUUUUUCCCAUUCGAUAUUGUUGAAGAAAAUUUGGCAAAAAGAAAACAAUUUGAAUACAAAUACAAACAGAAGAGUGUACGAGUGGGGCGACAUGAUAGUUUGUUUGAGUUCUACACACUGCACGUUUGAAUUAUUGUAAAGUCCUCAAGUACAGUGAAGACACACGAACGUACAUCCCAUACAGCGCCCCUAGAAAGUCGCACAGACCGCCCAGACAUGAUGAUUCAAGAGCCCGUGCAGGCCGCCAUAUGGCAUUGCCUGAACUACUACGACUUCAAGGAUGCCGUUUUCCUGUCGGAACGACUGUGCUCAGAAGUGGAGAGCGACGAGACGAUAUUCCUGCUGGCCACCAGCUACUUCCGAUCCAAUCAGGUGCACCAGGCAUACUGGCUGCUGAAGGAGAAGGCACGCCGCUCGCCGCAGUGCCGCUUUCUGCAGGCCAAAUGCGCCUACGAGCUGAAGAAAUACGCCGAAGCAGAGAGCUCCUUAAUCUCCACGGGAUUCGCGGACGCCAAGAACUGCGAUGAGCUGCAGCGGGACUUCGGGGAUCUGGCCUGCUUCGCCUAUCAGCUGAUGGCCCAGAUCUGCAUGAGGACCGAGCGCAACAAACUGGCUGUCAGUGCUUUAAGGCGCGCCCUCAAGCUGAACCCCUUCAUGUGGCACGCAUUCGCGGAUCUGUGCCUGCUGGGCCAGGACACAGAUGCGGCGACCAUAUUCCAGAUCCACAGCACAGAUGUGUUCAAUACCUGCCAGGGCAGCAGCGUAAAUGCCAAUGCAAUGGUGCUGUUCGGCGCCGAGCAGCAUAGUCAACAGCAUCAGGAGCGCCAGUCACUGAUCACCAACCUAAGCAAUGUCUCCAACUACAUUCUGACCACGCCCGUGGAUCAGCAGCAACAACAGAUCAACCAGAAUCAGAACCAGCACCACAACAGCAACAUGGUGACGCCCAUCAACAAUAAUAAUAAUAACAAUAAUCUCAAUAGUUCGAUCAGCAUGCUGCGCGGCGGUUUGGUGCAAAACUCUAGCAUGCUGGCGAUGCUGGAGGACACACCUAUGGGGGCUCCGCAGGACACGGCCGGCCAGUAUCAGCAGAACCAGCAGCUCUACGACAUGAGCAGCGGCACUCCGUUCCGCAAACAGUUCAAAUACCUAUCGGCGAUCUCACCGCCAACUCCGAGCUUCGGCAUCAUGCCUUUAACUAGUCCUUGCACCGGCAACGAUGGAUCCUUCAUCGGCAACCACACGCCCGUUAUGAAUAUUAGCUAUUCGCCGAUGCCGCAGAUGCUGGUCGAGGUCAACCAGGAGCCGAAGAUGAUGGGCAAAAAGCUGAAGACACAUGUGGGCGGACUCAUAAAUCGCAAGGAGGGCAGCCUUAAUAAACCCGCCGUCUUUACGCAAGCCGGAAACAUAACGCCCCGCACUCCGAACAACAAUAAUGUGGGCAACAAUGGCAAUAUGAAUGUGCCGCCCAAUCCGAAUGCUGCAGUGCGUCGCAGUUCGCGGCUGUUCAGCAACUCGUAUUCGGUGAAGGAGAACAAUAAAUCGCCCAACAUAGCCAACAAGUUCGUGCAGCCACGUUCGCCGCCCCGCAAAGCCAAGUCACGGAUGACCAAGAUCUGCCUGAAUAACGAACUGAUCGAGGAGAAGUCCCACCACCUCUCCGAGAAGCGCAAGGAGAAGGUGGAGACUAUUACAUCCUCGGGAGCGAAUAACAACAGCGGUGGACGCAGUGCCGCCGAGGAGGCCAAAGUACUGCUGAACAAUAGCCUAAACAACGCCCAGACGAUGGCCCACCAGCUGAUGGGACUGAAGAAACAGUCGGCCGAUGGACUGAUGGCCCUGCUGCGGGGUUUAGCUGAAGCCUAUCAGCUGCUCUCGAACUUCCAGUGCAAGGCGGCCAUAAAGCAGCUGGAGACGACGAUACCAAAGCACCACCUGAACUCCAGCUGGGUGCAGUCGCUCAUCGGACUGGCCAGGUACGAGAUGCGCGAGUAUGAGGCGGCGGUGGCGAUAUUUGAGACCAUCCACAAGGCGGAGCCAUGUCGCUUGGACUACAUGGAGAUAUACUCGUCAUCCCUGUGGCAUCUGCAGCGCGAGGUUGAGCUGUCGGCUCUCGCCCAGGAUCUGAUUAACCAGGACAAAACCAGCGCGGUUACCUGGUGUGUGUCCGGCAAUUGUUUCUCGCUGCAAAAGGAGCACGAAACCGCGAUCAAGUUCUUCAAGCGGGCUGUCCAAGUGGAUCCAGACUUCGUCUACAGCUACACACUGCUGGGCCACGAACUUGUACUCACCGAAGAAUUUGACAAGGCGAUGGACUACUUCCGGGCCGCAGUGGUUAGAGAUCCGCGGCAUUACAACGCUUGGUACGGCAUCGGCACCAUAUACUCCAAGCAGGAGAAGUACGAGCUGGCUGAGAUUCACUACGUGAAGGCGCUGAAAAUCAAUCCACAGAACUCGGUCAUCCUUGUGCACAUCGGCGCCAUGCAAUUCUACAUGAAGAAGAAGGAUCUGUCGCUGCAGACGCUAAACACGGCCGCCACGCUGGACCCCAAGAACCCGCUGACGCGAUUCCAUCGCGGCUCCAUCUACUUCUCGCUGGGCAAGUACCAGGAGGCGCUGCGCGAACUGGAGGAGCUUAAGGAAGUCGUGCCCAAGGAGUCGGUGGUGUUCUAUCUGAUCGGCAAAAUCCACAAGACGCUCGGCAACAUGGAUCUGGCGCUGAUGCACUUCAGCUGGGCCACCGACCUGGAUCCCAAGGGUGCCAACAAUCAAAUCAAAGAUGCCUUCGACUCCAUGGCCCAUCCCAGCUGCUGUCCGGCCAACACAACGGCCCUGGACGUUGAUCUGGAGCCCACUUCGGAGCGUUCCGAUGACUCAACGCAGGCGCAGCAGGACGGAAGCUACGACAGCGACUACUAGGGAGCUGCAACUCCAAAUUCACGCGGUUGUAUAUACGUUAAAUGAGAACACAGUAAACAAA